AUGAGAGAUCCUCUUGGGUUGCUUGGCCCAGAGAAGAUUUGGUACAUGAAUGGUUAUAACGGUAAUAAAGUGUUGGAAUUUGAAGGCAUGAAUCACUUUAAAGCUGGACAAAUUUCCAAAACCUACAUUCUACCACAUAAUUUUGAUGGUACAGGAGCUGUUGUCUAUGGACGGUAUCUUUACUAUAACAGGUCUGUAAAAAUGUUUGGACUAAACGCAGAAAUUUUUUGAAAUUUUUAAAUAUUGAAAUUUUAAAAUUCUCAUCGUAAUUUCUAAAUUCAGUCAUAGGGAAAAUUUUUACAUGUCUUUAUAAUUAGCGAUUUUGCCUGUAGAUCAAAAUUGCGUAAUGCAUGUACGGAGCACGUGGAACUCUAAUAAGUGAGAUGAGCAUAUACUAUAGUGUUGAACUUAUAUAGUCAUCAAGUCUCAUUAACUGUAUGUAAAGAACUUAAUAUCACUUGAUUUUUAAGAUAGACCUCAAUUUCAUUUAUAGGGCAAACUCAAAGUAUGUCGUGCAGUACAACUUGACUACAGGAACGGUUACCAGGCUGGUAAUUCCUAACAGUAGUAUAAAACCACGAACGCAUUAUUAUCAAUGGGGAGGCUACACCACAAUGGAUUUAUCAGUGGACGAAAGUGGUUUAUGGGUUCUGUAUGCGUACGAAUCUAACAGUGGAAAGUUGUGUGCCACCCAGCUCGAUCCAUUGACCAUGUCAACCCUGCAUACUUACUGUGGUAUUUCCUCUGAGUCCAUGAACAGCAUGGGGAAUGCAUUUGUGGCAUGUGGUGUUGUUUACAGCAUCGAUAGUUACAAUUCAGCCACAACAACCAUCAACUACGCCUAUGACACAACCAAGAGCUCUGGGACCAAUCCAGCCAUUAAGUUUGUCAACAAGUUCACUUACAACAGUAUGGUGACGUAUAACCCUCGUGAGAAAGUUCUUUACUCCUGGAAUAACAAACGCCAAAUAACAUACCCAUUGGAAUUUGAAGAGUAA